CACUAGUGCAAUGUUAUUCUGGAACUUUAGGGACUCAAAGUCCUGUUCAUUUGGUAAGCUAGUAUCACUGGGCCACACAUACUGUUACAUUUUAUUUGGUUAAUUAGAGGUUUGAUGUCCUUCACUUGUUACUCAUGUUGCCUUAGGUGCACUUGAUAGGAGUAUUUUGGAAGGGAGGGUGCUGGGGUAGGUGAUGGUGCCAAUGCCUUGGACAUUGAUAAUCAAAAAGCAGUUUGCCUUGUAUAGUUUGUUUUGGAGAUGGUCCUUUUAUAGUUUUUAUAUCUAUUUGCCUGUUGACCACAUAGUUGUACCAUUUGUCAUUGUCUUGACUGUCCUUUUCUUUUAUUCUAACAUAAGCUGAAGAUUUUUGCCUCAACAGAAGGAUUAAGACUCCUUGAUUUAGCACUGAAAUAUAUACAAAUCUGAUGCACUUUAAUAGAACUUUGAAAGCUGGAAAGCUGAAUGAGAAAGUUUUGAAUCUGUUCAUGGCAACUGGCAAAGAUGAAAUCCUUUCAGUUAUCCAGGCACUUAAUAUCCAGCAUGUCCUCACCCCUGUCCUUCCUACCAGAUGCUCAGAGAAAUUCUAAGAAAAUAAUUCUGCGAGCACAGUCAAUUUUAUUUUGAGCCGAGCAGCAAUUGCUUUUAGGAGGCUAAACAAAUUCUUGGAUUGAAUUAUUUGUUCUUAAAGUUCAGAAAUAUGUCAGUAGUUAACAUCAAGGACAGUGAUGUAGAUAUUGUUAUAGGGGCCCUCAACUCAGACCUGACACAAUUCAUGAAUGAAUGGAGAUCGAUAUUCUCUCAGUUCCACUUGAUAAUUGUCAAAGACCCUGAUCUGAAUGAAGAACUCAAGAUACCAGAAGGAUUUAAUAUAGAUGUCUAUACUAAAUCUCAUAUGGAUCAGGUAGUGGGCUCUUCCACUUCUGUUCUCUUCUCUGGAUAUUCAUGCAGGUAUUUUGGGUUUCUCAUAUCUCAUAAAAAAUACAUUGUUUCAAUUGAUGAUGACUGCAUCCCUGCCAAGGAUGAAAAAGGUUUCUUAGUAGAUGCUGUGGAGCAGCAUAUUGUGAACCUGACAACUCCAGCCACCCCUUUAUUCUUUAAUACACUAUAUGACCCUUAUCGUGAGGGGGCAGAUUUUGUUCGUGGAUACCCAUUUAGCCUUCGAAAUGGGGUUACAUGUGCUUUGUCAUGCGGACUAUGGCUUAAUUUAGCUGACCUUGAUGCACCUACCCAAGCCCUGAAGCCAGGACAGAGGAAUUCUCGAUAUGUUGAUGCAGUGAUGACAGUUCCGGCAAGAGCCAUGAUGCCCAUCAGUGGAAUCAAUAUUGCUUUUAAUCGUGAAUUAGUAGGCCCUACUUUGUUGCCGGCUUUGAGGCUAGCUGGGGAAGGAAAGUUGAGAUGGGAAACAAUGGAAGAUAUAUGGAGUGGAAUGUGUGUUAAGGUCGUAUGCGAUCACCUUGGGCUGGGUGUGAAAAGUGGCUUGCCUUAUGUGUGGAGAAAAGAUAGAGGAAAUGCCAUAGAGAGCUUGAAAAAAGAGUGGGAAGGGAUGAAACUGAUGGAGGAAGUAGUCCCUUUCUUUCAGUCAGUGAGGCUGCCUCAAACAGCAGCCACAGCAGAAGACUGUGUGGUUGAGAUCGCAAAUGCAGUGAAGCAACAGUUGGGACCAAUAGAUCCUGUUUUUUCUCGUGCUGCUGAGGCCAUGUCGGAGUGGGUCAAGCUCUGGAAAUCCCUUGGCUCCGGUUCCUCUUCACUAUAGGAGUUAGUGUUGGUUGUGUUGCUCUUUUAAGCCUUUUGGGUCAAUUCCAUUUGUUUGCAUUUCGUUUUAAAGUUCUUAUUAGUUACUAACUUAUACCCUACAAUAUAUCGUGAGGUGUUGGGACUGGAAUAAAACAUGUUUGUUGUUUAUGGCC